AUGCCAUUUAAUAUAUUAUCUUUUUUUAUUUCAUUGUUAAAUAUAAAUGUAUACAUUAUAUUAUUAAUUUUGGCAUUUGUACCAAAUUGUACCAAAAAUAAUUUAGGAGGAAAUUCUAAAAUUCAACGAAAUUCUUUUAAUAAAAAACAAAAUGAGUCAUUUGAAACUUUAAGCAAAAGAAAAAAAAAGAAAAAGAAAAAUAAAAGAUCUUCAAAUUGUGGAAGUCAUCAUUCAAGUAGUAGUAAACCACCUGAAAAUAAUUUUUUCAUCAUUCAAACUCCACUUCCAACCAAGGCUAAAACUUUUGAUGAAGUAUCAAUAGAUUCAACAUCUCUUUAUGAUCCUACAUCUCAAACUAAUUGUAAUAAUAAUUUUAUUUCAAAAUCAAAAAAAAUGAAAAUGUUAGCUGAGGCUCAAAAAAUAUGUAAUAUUGUUAAACCAGAAAUUGUAGACAAUUUACAAUUAAGUAAAAAGAAGAUUACAGUUGUGAAUAUUGAAAAAGGUAAAGAAGUUGAUAAAAUUCAAAGAAAUUCAAAGGUGCCUCAGGUUAAACCAACGCUAAAUACCACCCCAGCUCCAAUAACCUUGAUGCAGGAAAAAAAAGUAGAAAUAAGCAUUUCAAAAGAUGAAAAUAAUGCCUCAGAAAUAAAUCUUGCUGUGGGAGAUAUUAAAGCAAAAGCUAUGUCUGAUAAAAGUAAAGAUACUAUUACUGAUGGAAAAGAAAAAGAGAAGGUAGAAAUUUCAAAACAAGAAUUAGAUAAAAAGUCACAUCGUGAACAAGAAUUUAGUCAAAAAAAUGAUAUUAUGUUACCAGAAAAUGAAAAGUAUGAAGAACUAGGAAAUGUACUUGAUUCAAAAAUAUUUAAACUAGAAAAAUCAUUAAAUGUAAAAGCCGAUGACCAAAAACAAAGUGAAUGCGAAAAAAAUCAAACAUCAUUAGGGGAGAAGAAAUAA